AACAGAUUAAAAAAACAAACCAGAAUACAAACAUGAAUAGUAAUGCUUACCAAAUAAAUAUAAACAUGUAGAAAAUAAUAAGUGAUUAAAUAAAGAUUUUAACAUGGAAAAAAAAUUGAAAUUAUUACAUGAAGUGUAUUAGAAGCCGCACACGAUUCACAAAUGAUUCCCCAAAAAGUUAAAAAAAAAGAAAAUCACAAUAAGCGACUUUACCACGAAAGCGGAACAAAAUCAACAUUUCAGUGCUGCGUCUUUCAAAUUCCUCCCGCGUGGUGACACAAUGACACCAUUGACUGACGCAACCGGCCAAGAAAACACAUUCCUGCGGCGACAACAGCCAGCAUAAAAACUCUACUGGGAAGUUUUCGGCGGAUCUCUGGAAUCUGCUCUAUUUUUUUUUCUAUUUUUUUUUCUUCUCUUCUUCCUGCCGCUACACCUCGUGAGAAGGAUGUUUGCGUCGUUUCCUGGAGGAAGCGCCUGGGCCUCGAGCAUGUGAGCCACUCGCAGGCUCGGCAAAGUGUCGAGCGGAUGGAACUCGGAUGACAAGCCCCGAUUUAAAAAUUUUUUUUUCCCCUGAAAGUUUCUAUUUAUUUAAGAUUUUUAAACCGCCCGUGGUCCGGAUGAGUGGGCCGCGCUGGAACCGGCUGUCGGCUCUCUGGAAGAACUGGAUCUUCAAUCAGGAGCCCGCUGCCGAAGCGGCGCGAAAGGAUGAGGACCAGGAUCGCAAUGUGGAUUCUAAGCCGGCGAAAGCCAAAGUCACCAAACAGAACUCUGAUCCCUGGCCUCAGAAUUCCACUCCGGACAUCGAGCCGUCUAAAGUUCUCCUCCGCAGCCGCUCCCAAGCAACGCCGGAGCGGUCCUUUUUGCGUUCUGAGGAGGGUGCCCGCUGUGUGUUGCAGGUGGACAACGGCGGCGAGGGCGACGACGGCUUCCUGAAUCGGGCCGGCUCGCAGCGGCGGUCCCGCCGACGCUUCCGCAGGAUCAACCCCAAGGGCGAGCGGGAGCUGAUCACGGACGGCCAAGAACCCGCCGGAUACAAGGAUCAUCUCAACAACCAGCUUCCUGCCGACCUCAAUAAGAUGCACUUGACUGACCACGCCCACCAGCAGGUGAUGCACGUGCCCGCCAGCCAGUCGGGCUGCAGCAUCGCCAGCGACUCGGGCAGCAGCAGCCUGUCGGACAUCUACCAGGCCACAGAGAGCGAACUGGGUGACGUGGACCUGUCCGGCCUACCCGAGGCUCCCGUGGACAGCGAGGAGGAGGAAGAGGAGGAUGAGGAUCUGGAGAGAGCCUCGGAUGCGCUGCUGGGCCGAGAUCUUGUGCGCGAGUGUCUGGAAAAAGACCCGGCCGACCGCAACGACGACGACAUCGAGCAAUUGUUGGAGUUUAUGCACCAGCUGCCAGCCUUCGCCAACAUGACCAUGUCGGUGCGUCGGGAGCUGUGCAGCGUGAUGGUGUUCGAGGUGGUGGAGCAGGCGGGCACCGUCAUUCUGCAUGACAAGCAGGAGCUGGAUCUGUGGUACGUCAUCCUGAACGGGGCGGUGGAGAUCGGCCGCCCCGAGGGCAGGGCGGAGAUGUUGUGCAUGGGCAACAGCUUCGGUAUCUCGGCCUCGCUGGAAAAGCAGUACAUGAACGGCGAGGUGCGCACCAAAGGGGACGACUGCCAGUUGGUCUGCAUCGCCCAGGAGGACUACUGGCGCAUCCUCAACCACGUGGAGAAGAACACGCACAAGGUGGAGGAGGAGGGCGAGAUCGUCAUGGUGAAGGAGCACCGAGAGCUGGACCGAAGCGGCACCCGCAAGGGACACAUUGUCAUCAAGGGGACCCCCGAGCGCCUGAUCAUGCACCUGGUGGAGGAGCCCUCAGUGGUGGACCCCACCUACAUCGAGGACUUCCUGCUCACUUACCGCACCUUCGUGUCCAGCCCCCUGGAGGUGGGCAAGAAACUACUGGACUGGUUCCAGAUGGACACGCUCAGAGACACGGUGACGCGUAUCGUGCUGCUGUGGGUCAACAACCACUUCAACGACUUUGAGGGCAACACGGCCAUGACGCGCUUCCUGGAAGACUUUGAGAAGCUGCUGGAGGCCGCGAAAAUGAAAGGCCACCUGCGGCUCCUCAACAUCGCCUGCGCCGCCAAGGCCAAGUGGCGGCAGAUCACGCUGCAAAAGGCCUCGCGCGAAUCGCCGCUCUACUUCAGCGUGCUGGGCGGCAGCGAGCGCGGCUUCGGCAUCUUCGUCGAGUCGGUGGAGGACGGCAGCAAGGCGGCCGAGGCGGGACUCAAACGCGGGGACCAGAUCAUGGAGAUCAACGGGCAGAACUUUGAGAACAUCUCUUUCUCCAAGGCCGUGGACAUCUUGAGGAACAAUACGCAUUUGUCCCUCACCGUCAAGACCAACAUAUUCGUCUUUAAAGAGCUGCUGAGCCGGAUCACGCACGAGAAGAAGAACGGUGGGCCGCACCUGCCCAAGAUCCAGGAGAAAAAGGGCAAUCGCUUUUCAAUCCCGGACCUGCCCGGCGACAUGGAGUUUGCCAGCGACCACAAAGCCACGCGCAAGAUGAAGGCCAACACGGUGUCCGGCGGCCGCAACAAGAUCCGCAAGAUGCUGGAGAAGACGCGCUUCAGCAUCCUGCCCCCCAAGCCCUUCAGGGGCCUAUUUGGUGACGGCGGCAUGGGUCAGUCGCAGGACGACAGCAUCGUGGGGACCAAACAGUGUCGGCACAGCGUGGCCAUCAUGCCCAUCCCGGGCAGCCUGUCGUCAAGCAGCCCGGACCUCCUGCAGCCCGCCACCAGCGUCCUGGACUUCUCCAACCCGGCAGCGCUGGGACUGUACUACAUCCCGGACCAGGUGAUCCGUGUGUUUAAGGCUGACCAGCAGAGCUGCUACAUCAUCAUUAGCAAGGACACCACCGCCAAGGAUGUGGUGGCGCACGCCGUCAACGAGUUCGGACUGACGCCGGCCGCCGAGAACUACUCGCUGUGCGAGGUGUCGGUCAGCCCGGAGGGCGUCAUCAAGCAGCGCCGCCUGCCCGACCAGCUCUCCAAGCUGGCCGAUCGCAUUCAGCUGAACGGCAGGUACUACCUGAAGAACAACAUGGAGACGGAGACGCUGUGUUCCGACGAGGACGCCCAGGACCUGCUGCGCGAGAGUCACAUCUCGCUGCUGCAGCUCAGCACCAUGGAGGUGGCCGCCCAACUCUCCAUGCGCGACUUUGAGCUCUUCCGGAACAUCGAGUCCACCGAGUACGUGGACGACCUGUUCAAGCUGGACUCGGCGGCGGGCGGCGGCCACCUCAAGCGCUUUGAGGAGGUCAUCAACCAGGAGACCUUCUGGGUGGCCACCGAGCUCCUGAAGGAGCCCAACGCCCUCAAGAGGAUGAAGACCGUCAAGCACUUUGUUAAGAUUGCCUUGCACUGCCAAGAGUGCAAGAACUUCAACUCCAUGUUCGCCAUCAUCAGCGGUCUGAACUUGGCCCCGGUGGCUCGCCUGCGCAGCUUGUGGGAGAAGCUGCCCAGCAAGUACGACAAACUUUUCGGGGACCUGCAGGACGUCUUUGACCCGUCACGCAACAUGGCCAAGUACCGCAACGUCCUGAGCGGCCAGAGCAUGCAGCCGCCAGUCAUCCCGCUCUUCCCCGUGGUCAAGAAGGACCUCACGUUCCUGCACGAAGGCAACGACUCAAUGGUGGACGGCCUGGUGAACUUCGAGAAGCUGCGGAUGAUCGCCAAGGAGAUCCGACACGUGGUCCGGAUGACGUCGGCCAACAUGGACCCCGCCCUGAUGUUUAGACAACGGAAGAAGAGGUGGAAGAGUUUAGGGUCCCUGAGUCAGGGCAGCACCAACUCCAACAUGCUGGACGUGCAGGGCGGCGGGCACAAGAAGCGCGUGCGCCGCAGCUCACUGCUCAAUGCCAAGAAGCUCUACGAGGAUGCGCAAAUGGCCCGCAAGGUCAAGCAGUACCUGUCCAACCUGGCGGUGGAAACGGACGAGGACAAGCACCAGGUCAUGUCGCUGCAGUGCGAGCCCGCCUACACCACCAUUUCGAAAAACCUGAGCGACCGGCGGUCCAACAAGUCGGACAUGUCGCCUGUGUCGCUGCGGUCGCCGUUGCCGACGGGAAAGAGCCAGAACCGGGUGUCGCAGGUGCUUCAGGUGCAGGUGCCGCUCAACCCGCUGCGCAAGAAGAGCACCGCCAAGGACGUGGGCCCGCCCAACUUCAGCUCCCCUCAGGUGGUGAAGAAGCCCCCCGCCAGUUCAGCGGACGAGUGGAGCACCAAGAGGCCCUCGGACGACACCGUGUCCACCAUCUCGUCCCUGCACUCCAGCCCCACCGUGUCGCCGCAGGGCUCGCCGCGCAAAGGCCCUUCGACCAAAGCCCAGACCUGCUCCAGCCAGAUGAACCUGUCCGGAUCGUCGUCGUCAUUAACUAGCGAGGCCAGCACCAAAGCCAGCACCGUCAGCCUGCGCAGCUACGGCAUAGGUUACGCGCUGCUCCCCCCGGGCAAAACGGACAACCUGUCCGACUCCAGCCACAGCGAGAUCUCGUCUCGCUCCAGCAUUUGCUCCGUGGACUCGGUGCCCGCUCCAGGUCUGGAGGAACGGUGUAACAGCAUCGGUGCCAGGACGUCCGUUGCGUCUGCCACCGCCGCCCCCAAUGUACCGGCCGGCGUGCCCACGCCCGAGAGCUCGGCGGCCACGCACUUGAAUGUGGACUACAGCCAGCCCAGCACCAGUUCUUCUUCUUCUGCGGCGGCGGCCGCGUUUUCAACUCGGGGCUACGCCGCACGAGGCUCCACCUUCACGUCGUCCAUCUCCACGGAGGAGCUGACGCCCGACCUGGCCUCCCUGGACUCGGUGGCCGACAGCGGGCGGGGCAGCUGGACGUCAUGCUCCUCGAACUCUCACGACUCUUUCCAGAGCUUGCCCGCUUCCUCCUGCCGCCCGUGGGACCACGGCGUCCACGGGCACCCGCUGGCGCUUGCUCAUCGGCUGGCCAGCGCGACCAUCGCUGAGGCAGAUGCCGCCCGCGACUCGGAGCUGGCCAAGCAGUCGCGGCAAAGUUGGGCGUCGUCCGGCUCCUUGUCGGAUACGUACGAGGGGAAUUACGGCACGGUGAAGCGGAGGAACACCGCCGAGCAGCAGCAGAUGCCGCCUGGCUCCGGCUCGUCGGCCUCACCAACCAAUGACGAGGGAAUGCAGAGCACAGACCCUGCCUACAAAACGGUGACAUCCAGCACGGAGAAGGGGCUCAUCGUUUACUGCAUCACCUCCCCCGCCAAGGAUGAGCGUUACCGAGCUCCUCCUCCCACCCCUCCAGGCUAUCAGGGUCUGUCCCUGGGCGACAUCAAAGAUGGAAGCAAUGGCCCCGUGGUGGUCACGGUGGGGGCGGGGCCACCCGUGAGGCCUCCCCACCUCAAACCGCCCGACUAUAGCGUGGCCAUGCAAAGGAGCAAACUACUGCAGAGUCCGGGAGCCGCCGGAAGCCUGGCAGAGGCCCGGAGGCUUGCCGGCAGAACACGUGACAUGAACGACAGCGAGGACGACGAACAAGUUUCCGCCGUGUAGACGAGUGGAUGUCCGGGUUGUGCACUAUGGCCGGGUACAAUUUUGACCACCUCCUGGAACACGUGCCUGCUUGACAAAAAACUUCUGACCUUGCGGCGGGGGGAGGAGGGACUAGGAACUAGCGCCACUUUUUACUUGGGACAAGAUGGCCGCCAGAAGGAUCCCAGAAUCAUGUGCGGGACUUUUGUCAUGCUUUUUCGCCUCUCCAAGCGCCCCUCGCCAUCCCUCCCUCCCCCUGAAACUUGUGCCUGCUUCACUUGAAAAGAAACUUUUUAAAGACUUCAGACCAGGAAAAGAAAGACAACAGUUUAAUCAUUUUUAAGCUUUUAUUAUUAUAUUUUUUUUACCAUUUUAACUUUGCACCACAUUUUCCUCGGGACAAGAUGGUGUAAGGAAGGAGGUAAGGCGGUUUGUGGAGCACUUACUGUUCUCGGGGGAAACAAAAUGGCCGCCUCUUGAAGCUAGCUACUCAAACGGCGUGCAACCUCCUGGACUAGGGGGAAAAAAUAUUCAAAGUAAUGCUUAUUUUAAAAGCGCAAACAAUUAGGGGGUAAAGGGGAUGUUUUGUUUACAGUGUUGAUUGGAUGAGAGGCCUAGCCCCGCCCCUUUUUUAUUUAAAUCGCAGCCAAACAGGAAGUGCGUCUCCAUUCCCGUGUUCAUCGGAUACAAAAGCGAUUGGUCUUCCCAAGGUCCACUCCUUGAGCAUUGUUCGGAAGACUUGAAAUGCUAACAUCGUUGCAAAUGUAUAAAUACACGAAUGGAAACGUGUGUAUAUAUAUAUAUACAUAUAAAAUUAUUUUUGUCGUUGGUUUUGCCGUAAAUUAAUGAUGGUGUAUAGAUGACAUACUGUGGAAUAUUUUUGAAUAUUUUGUUACAAAAACUUUUUUUUUUGCUGGCUCCUUGCUUGUGCUUUUCAUAGCCAUGUAGAUGCUGCUGCUGUGUGUGUGCGUGCGUGUGUGUGUGUGCGUAUGUGCGUGUGUGUGCAUAGGGAUGUAUUUUUAUUGCUUUAUUUAUCUCACAAAAUAUAACAAUAGGUAUUGACCCCCAUGCCGGGUUUCCUGGAUCUCAGGCUCCAUUGAGUUUCUUUGCCGCCUGUGUUAGUUGACAAGGAUGCCUUGUUUGUCUCUUGCCCCCCCCCCCCCCCCCCCCCCCGUUAGCACUCCUCAGCCCCUCGUGGCUCUACUCGGCCUCCGUUUUGUCACCUCCCAGGGCCCUCCAGUGGGCGUCUCCUCAAAUCUGGUCACCUUUGUCAUAUUAACCCGCCUGUGAUUCCUUGUGGAUCUCCACUCGGACUCCGAGUGAGUCUAUAGACCGCUGACAUGCCCUCUUGGCCCCCAGCAGGUCCCCUUUUGGAUGUCCAGGUCUCCUGGACCUCUUAAAUGUGUUCAAUAUGUUGUCCCAACACUCCUGAAAGCAUCUUUUGUUACAUAAAGCCCACCCUACACAGUAAGUCACCUGGACCGUUCACAGGUCCUCGUGGCACCCUCUGCCUCCUUUUAGGUCAACCGGAUCUUGGUUUGAUCCUCUGCACGGACUGAGUCAUCAUUUUGACACUUUCUUCCUUUUUUUGCACAGCUCCACUCCUGACGUUCAAAACCAUGUUUCAGUAUUAACCCUCCCUCAAGUGUGUAGUUGUUCUUUCCAAAGUAGCUUCACAAUUUAAAAACUUCUCUUCAGUUUUCCCAACCCUCCAUUUGCCCCCCCCCCAUACACUCCCACUAGAAUGCAAUAACCGAUGUGAAUGAGAAGCGAUGACGAGGAUGCACUGUAAGCUGUAAAAGUGAGUGUUUGCCGCACAAAUAACGUCCCAUAUGUGUGUACAAGUGGCACUCGUCUCGUUGCUGUUUUUUAUGUCUUUUACAAAGACGACUCCAUUUCGGCCUCGUACGCAUUGUAUAUGUCUAUUUUUUACCGGUGGAUUGUACAUAGUUGUUCUAUUUUUGUUCCAAGACGGUGUGUACAAAGGAUUUAAAACAAAGAAGAAAGGACAUUUUAUUUCCUUUUAAGUCUACUGAUAAUAAUUUGGACAAUGAAUAAAAUCCUGAUAUGGAAA